AUGGAGAGCAGAAAUCUCGUCGCCGUUGGCCGCAGCAGUCGCGCGACUUGUUGUCGAACGGACCUCGUGUCGCUUGCGUCGCGGGCUGUCGCUCUCAGUGCAGGAGAGAAUGGAGAGCAGAAAUCUCGUCGCCGUUGGCCGCAGCAGUCGCGCGACUUGUUGUCGAACGGACCUCGUGUCGCUUGCGUUGCGGGCUGUCGCUCCCAAUGCAGGGGUCAGAGGCGACGGAACCCUUGCCCGACAAAACAGGAUUCCGGUAUAUCGUGUCCCGAUGACUGCACCGACUGCUCCGACUUCGAGCAUACCGGGGGCUCGAGCAAUGACGUCAGAAAAGCUUGCAGCUUGGAUUCGGACGAGUCAUAUUGCAGAUGUCCGGAGGGGAAAGUUAAACCACCAAAGACUAAUUCUUUAAGCAGAACUGAUUCAGCCGACAACAAAAUAGAGCCAACGGGCCCGGAGCUAGUCAACUUUAUAAGAGAAACAUUGAAUAAGAACACCCGAGACAGAAUGCUUCUGCUGAAGAUAGAGAAGGAACUGCACGCACUUGUCACCGAUACUGGGCGGUGCAAUUUCAAGUUUCCUUGUAUGACAUCGUAUGAACGGAUGUUGGUACACCGGGUCGCUACUCUAUUCCAGUUGACGCAUCAUUUAGACCAGAACAGCAAGAAUUCUGUCACAGUCAGUAAAAGUGGCACCAGCGGCGGGCGCAUCCCGUGCACCAGCUUCAAGCAGUGGUGCACCGCCGCCCUCCCGCCCGGCCCCGCGCGCCUCGACGGCAGCGCCAAAUCAAUAUUAAAGCGCGACACACACUCCCCCGAGGACGCGAACGCGGCGAGUCGCGCUGUUGAGCGGAGCAAGAGUCUAGAGCAGAGAGAGAGGGAGUACGAGCGAGUGAGACGGAGGAUAUUCAGCACGGACAACUGUUCGCAGGAUGAAUCUCAGUGGCCGUGGCUCCAAUCCGGACCUGUGAAACUGCUCACACCCGACUCUGGAAGAAAUAAAUUGUUAAAAGUGCAAUCGCUAGAAGGCGCCGGUCCGCCUCAGUCGUGGCGCAACAGAGGCCCCGUUUCAAAAAGCCACAGUUUUGGCGGCUAUGGCGGCGGGGCCGAAAACGCGCCUACCAACCAACCAAGACUUCUUAGCCGGCAAGGUGACCUGGCGUCGAGCAGUUGGCGUCUAUCUCCUUCUAGCUCGGGCUACAAGACACUAAGUCUGAGGAGCACGGACUCUGUCACACCCUCACCUACAGGCGGCGCGAGCCCCGAGCCCGGCGCGGAGGGCGUGGUGUUCGCGGUGGCCGACCUCAACUGCGUGCCGCCCGGCGCGCUCGUCAUACACCCGCAGACGGGCCGCCCGCUGACCAAUCCCGAUGGUUCCGUCUACCACUUCGAUCCUCAGAACCCGCCCGUCAUCUACGACAGCUAUCAAGACCAAAAGAUUCAAAAUUGCGAUAAAAGAAGAGGGCGAUUGGAGAAACAGCACUCAUUUAUAGAUACAGAAGCGGAAUGCCGUUGCGACGACGGUCGGAGCAAGUGUUGCUGCGAGUGUCGGCGACAUGAUGGUUGCAAUCAAAGGAGCUGCGACAACAAGGUUUCAGUACAACCAGAGCAAAAAACUACCCCGAUACCAUCAAGCCCGGUCAAACACCGUUACGAACAAAACACAGAACAAACGACCAAUCAAACUACGUCGCCUGAAACGGCAACCAAUCACAGACAAUCUUACGACGCUGCAGCUACGCGCGUCACAGAACCGACCAAUCAGAGGCCAGAGAUUCAGAAUGUUCAAACAUUUGAACCAGCUAAUCAGGUCCCAUUCGAGCCUCAAAGAACGGAAUUUGAAAACCAAAACCAGCGGUCGUACGAACCAAAGGUAUUUGAAAAUAGAACGCACGAAUCAUCGAAUCAGAGGCCGCCGUCGUUCGAUCCGUUGGCCAAUCAAAGGGCGGCUAGCGACAAUGCGACCAAUCAGAUGACGCCGGCUAACAAAUUGACGAAUCAGGAGAGCGUUGAGAUGCCGCAAUAUGUCCCGCAGCAUUACCACAAGGGAUUUAGAAAUGACGAGGUUACAUCCCCUCCCCAAAUGGUCCAAAACCACAUGAUGGCUGAUGUCGGCGUGUACAACAUUAUGGCCCAGGCCAAAGUCACUCCUGUACCCGUCGACCCUAAUCUUCGUCCAGUGUCCCUUACGAACAUGGUGUUCCCGACUGUGGCCCCAGCCUACCCCUACCUCAACCAAGUUCGAAUGGAUCAACCAUUGCAGCCAAUGUACCAGCCUUUGAUGGAGGAACAGAAGUUGGCGCCGUCUCCCCACAACGAUACGUUUAGAAUUGACCCGUCGUACCAGUACCUGUACCCGUGCGGCGCGUGCGCCGGCGCCUGCCCGGAGCCGCACCAGCAUCAGCACCAGCGACCUUACAGCGUCGGCUACGGGCAACUAGAACAGCAAAUGUUGCAGCAACCGUAUCCCGUGGGCAACGUGUUGCUGCAACACAAUGUGCAACACUAUCCCUACCCAGAUGCGAUGCAGUGGGGUAGUCCCAUGAUACCCGGAGCGCCACCGAAACUUCUCAUGCACGAACUGUGCCCCGUCUACCCCCAGUACCCCUACAUGUACCCACAGAUGAUACCACAACCGUACCCGAUAGUCCAACCAAUCUACCCGACGCUAGACAAGGACCGAAGACCCAGACGCGCCCACACUCUUCCCACAUCCCAGCGAACCACACCACAGCCGAGAGACAGAGACAGCGAGAUUGCUCUCAAGAUACAACAGGUACAGAUAAAGGAGCAAAUGGCGCAACUAAACACUCAGGACAAGGAAAAAAGCGGCAACGGGUUGCUAGGCAACGCGCCGCCCAACUAUAACGGGAGAGUAGGGCGCGGCGCGGGCGCGGGCGCGGCGCGCGGCGACCCGCAGCUGUCCUCGGCGGCGCGCGCCAUCGUCAACUCCAUACGCAACAUGCAGGCGCACGCGCACACUAGCCAACACGACGCGCGGAGGCACGCGGCGGAGGGCAGCCGCGAGCGCGACGACAAGCGCCGCCCGCACACACAGAUGUCUCCCGGAAACUGGUGCAGACGGUCCCCCGGUCCCGUGCAUCCAGCUCUGAACCACCCGCGGCGGCCGCACCCGGACACGCGCAACGGACGACGUUAACAUAUCCUACACACACACACUAACACGUCCCCUGAUCCGCCUUUAUAAAUCUUAUAGUAGUAAGAAUAAGGAUACAUUUACUAUUUCAUGAAAACUUUAUUCAAAAUAAGCUAUCGUAAUUACAAUAGUCGGGUAAUUGAGGGCGAAAUGCGAUAUUAAUGGUCGAGAGUAGCGAGGUCGUCUAAUAACACGAAGCUGGCAAUGCCUAUUUUGGACGAAGUGUGUAAGUGAUAUUUUAUAAAAAUACGCGAAAUACGUUCUGAUAGAAAACAUUAAA